AUGGCAGAAUCAUCACAAGCUAGAAUCCCAUCUCCAGUACAGGAACCUGAUGAUGGACAGUCCGCUUCCUCAUCCGCAGCUAUACAAGAGGCAGAUUCCAGAGCUGUGGUUGUUCAUCCAUCACAAGGUGGAAACGGCAGGUUUUGGGGCUGGCGGUCGGCCUUCAUUGCUGCAGGCAUUGCCAUCUUCAUCAGUCCGUUCAGCAAGCUUGGGAUCUGGCUCCUGCCAGCAGAGGAAACUAUUGACCCAACGAACUAUGCUCUCAGGACAGAACGAGUUCUGAAAUCGACGCCUCUGAUCGACGGCCACAAUGACUUACCAUGGUUGUUACGCGUGGAGCUGCAAAACCGCAUUUACGACGGCAAAUUUGACCCCAAUCAACGUCUACUUGGCCACACGGAUAUUGGCCGUAUGAGGCAGGGGAAAAUGGGGGGUCAAUUCUGGAGCGUCUACGUCCACUGCGAUGCUGCCCAGAAGCACUUCGAAGAUCCUUCAUGGGUACUUCGCGACACUCUGGAACAAAUAGACGUCGCGAAGCGCUUCAUUGCUGAGUACCCCGACGUCUUCACGUACUGCACAACACCGGCUUGUGCUCGCGCUGCCUUUGCUUCGGGGCGAAUUGCCAGCAUGUUGGGUAUCGAGGGAGGGCAUCAACUCGGCGGUUCCAUCGCGUCGAUACGUCAGGCCUAUGAGUUGGGAGCGCGCUACAUUACGACAACCCAUAACUGCGACAAUGCGUGGGCGACGUCUGCGUCAACGGUGGCCGCGGGAGGGGAAGACCAUGGUCUCACAGCAUUCGGCGCCGCCUACGUGCGUGAGAUGAACCGGCUGGGCAUGAUGCUCGAUCUGUCCCACGUUUCUCAUCAAACGAUGAGGGAUGUUCUCUCACUUGCACAAGCUCCGGUGAUCUUCUCUCACUCAGGAGCGUAUUCCGUGACUCCCCAUCUGCGGAAUGUGCCUGAUGAUGUCCUACGAAGCGUUCGUCGGAACGGGGGCAUUGUCAUGGCGGUGUUUGUUAACAGAUUCUUGAAUAUGAAAGACCCCAGUUCGGUAACUAUUCACGAUGUUGUGGAUCACAUUUGGCAUUUGGCGGAUGUGGCAGGCUGGGAACAUGUAGGCAUCGGGUCCGACUUCAGCGGCACACCUUUUACGCCCGCCGGUCUCGAGGAUGUAUCCAAAUUGCCGGACCUAUUUCAACUCCUGAUGGCUCGUGGGGCUACUGACGAGCAGAUGAAACUCCUGGCGGGUGAGAAUCUCCUGCGGGUGUGGGCGGAUAUUGAGCGCAGAGGAGAGGAAAUAAGAUCCGAAGGCCGCAAGGCUGUCGAGGAGGAGUGGGAAGGCCGUAAAUGGCACAUCGCCUACAAGAGUUCACCGUUCAUGUAUCGCGAGACUCGUGAGCGAGCGAUUUUGAACCUCGAGUCCAGGGCCUUUAUUUCGGACAUUCUAUCGACCUGUCGCCGGGGCAAGGCUCCCGUAAACGUCUUGGAUCCGGCCCGGAAGUUCGCUCUCAACCUUAGUCUCACUUUGAGCUACGGCACGAGAGUUGAAGACGUCAAAGACCUUCACGACGACCUGCUUCUGUCGGAGAUCAUCUACAUCGAAGAGCAGAUCGCUGCCUUCCGCGACGUUUCUUCCAACUACUCCAAUUACAUCCCGAUCUUGCGCCCACUGCACAACCUUGCGGAUGCCCUGGGGCUUCAAUCUGGAACAUCGAUGGCGGACAUUGGAAAGAGACGUCAUGCGUAUCACGCAGCACUGCAAAGUAAUCUUCGAAAACAGAUCGCUGCCGGCAACGAUAGACCCUGCAUCCAGGGUAAUGUGCUGAAAGACCCAGAGAGCAAGGGACUCAGUGAGGGCGAGCUUCUGAGUGUGAGUCUCAGCAUGAUGGCUGGUGCCGAUACCACGAAGCGCUCCAUCAUGUGGGCGAUGCUACUCCUCGCUCAUCGGCAAGACGUCCAGGAGAAAGCCUACCGAGCCAUAAGUGAAAGUGACGGAGGACGGUUGUUAGAAGCUCCGGACGUAGCUCAUACAAAGAUCGAGUAUCUCGAGGCGCUGACGAAAGAAAUCGGGAGGUACUUCGUCGUCUUGAGAUUGGCGCUGCCCAAAGCAACGCAUUCGUACGUAAACUGGGGAAAGGCGACGAUCCCGCCAAAAACAUUGCUCUUCUUAAACUCCUGGGCUUGCUCCCGAGAUCCGGCCGUUUUCUCCGACCCCAACACCUUCACUCCCGAGCGAUGGCUUGACGGCGACCAGACAGCGAACCGCCAUCAAUAUGCCUUUGGUAUUGGCGGACGCAUGUGUGUGGCCAGCCAUGUGGCUUCCAAAGCGCUUUAUACGGUACUUCUACACUUGAUCGCUCACUUUAAAAUCCUUCCUAUCGAAGGUGCUUCAGAUACUGAGGUGGAUCCGGUUGCUGGUCUCGCCGUCCCUGGGAACCACCAAGCUGCCCCUAAGGCAAGACAUGUACGAUUUUUGCCGAGAAACGGCGAACUGACAAGAAUGAUGCUAUCUGCUUAA